AUGCCGCGGGCCUCGGAGCCGGAGUCCGACUCCGCGGCAGACUCAGCAGCAAGCGACACAGGUGUUCCUGUUUUCCGCAGCGCCAGACGGACGUACGACCGUACGGAUGCGUCCGCUGCGAUGUCAGCGGCCCAGGUCGCCGCCACCGUCAGCGCCGCAUUGGAAGCCGCGGAGGCUGCUGCCGCAGCAGCGGCCAUAGAGACAUCCGCGUCGAUGCCGCCGAGGCCCCCGGGCUCCCGUAACCGGCGUCUCCGCCAUGAAGAGCCCGAACCAGGUUCUUCAGGACGAGGAUCUGGACCGGACCAGGACCAGGGCCAGGGCCAGGUUACCGCCACCGCCAGCGAAACGGUAUCCGUGGCACCCGCUCUGGAUCGUACACCGCUUGACGGUGACGUCGGCGGCGCCGCUGCCGCCGCCUCCAGCAGCGGCAGCAGCAGCAACCGCAGCAGCGGCUCUGGCCCCUCCAGUCCCGAGAGUCUAGUUGCGGCGAGGGCUCGGGCGCUGCAGAUCAAGGCGGCCUUGUACCGCAAUAUGCGCUCCGAAACCAGGACGCCCUCCGCCAAUUCCGUUAAGCUCAUCUUCUCGCCAGUUGAGCCCAAGGAGGGUACGGCACCUGCGGCGGAGCCGCCUCGAGCGGAGCCGCUCCCGCCGCCGCCGUCGCAUGGGAGAGACAAGCUGCUGGCGCCGGCGACAACGGUAGAGGGAGAUUCUCGUGGAAUGCUUGGCGGCCGCCGACGCGUCGGCGGCGGCGUUGGCAACGGUGGAGCUGCCGCCACCAACAGCCGCGCGGAUGAUGCGGAUCAUGUACGGCAGCGACGGCGCACUGCUGAAGCAUUGGCCGAAUUGCGCAUUGGUGAGCGGCGGCGGCGGGAGGAGCAGCGGCAGCGGCAGCAGCAACAGCGGCAGGAAGGGAAAGCGCUCGCACCGGCGAGUAAGCAAGGGCUGCGGGUUGAUGAUGUAGAUGUGGAGGUGGAGGAGGCGGUGGAGGUGGCGGGUGAGGAGCGUGAGGCGCGGAUCGGUGGGUUGAAGCGCAGCGGAGGAUUGCCGUGGCGGCGGGACCCGCUGGCGGAGGCGGCGCCGGCGCCGGCGGGCCGCUAUGUGGGCGGCCAUCGCACGGCGAGACCUGUGACCGCCGCAGGAACCUCAGCUGCGGCAGUUGGAGGUGUGGCAGCUGCAGCAGCGGCGGAGGCGGCGGCGGAGGCGGAGGCGGAGGCGGGAGAACGAACUCGGAGGGAUAAGGUGCAACGCGCCAAUGAGGAGUUCGCAAGGUCCCUUGAACGCGUGGCGGCGGCAGCGGCGGCCGUGGCGGAAGGGGAGGGGGAGUCUGGGGGCGACGGAGUUGAAGGGCCUGGCCGCCGGCGGCUCGAUCAUCAACAACCGCAGGGGGAGGAGGAGGGGGAGGACCGGCGGCAGUGGCGGCGGGAGCAGCAGGCGACGGCGGCGGCGGAACACGACCAGCAGCAGCGGCGGCAUGUACGGGAGAUGCCGGGGAACCGUCAAGCAGCGGGAGAGCAGGUGCUAGAGGAGCGGAGGCAGCAGCAGCGAGAGCAGGCGAACAUGCUGCGUGACCUGGCCAACAUGUUUCGGAGCUUUGCUCGGCAGGUGCAGCCGUCAGCAGCCGCCGCCGCCGCCGCCGCCGCGGCAACGAUGGGGGUGGCGGCGGUCAACCCGGCAGCCGCCGCGGCCGUUGCCACCGCGCGCGCAGACGCCGGCUCUGCUGAGUGCAGCCGCGAGCGCGGUCAGCACGCCGCGCCGUACAACCCCCUGCCUGGCUUCUUGGGCCUCCCGCAGCCCAACGACAGUCAGCUCGUUCUAAAACCGUUAACGGUUAAGGACUUAACGGAAACUGACGAUGUUGAUGCGGAGGGGGGCUGGAGUGAGGGGGCGACUGCGGCGGCGUCGGCCGGCGGCGCGCUCCUCGCGCGUCAGCUGCCGACCCGUGGGUCACUACUGCAGUUACUGCAACCAAUAGCUAAGGCACAGCUGCCGCCGUACACUCGAUCCGUCGGGCUGAGGAUAAGCACCCGGCGGCGGCCGCGGGUGCUGCGGCUGCCGUUGUCGGUGCCGUCGGAGGCGCUGGAGAUUGUGGGCGACGGCGACCGGAUGCCGGCGACAGCGCUGCGUGCGCUGCGCCGUCGCUCGUACUAUUACCGUCAGCUGGCGCCGCAGCACCAGCAGGUUUCGGCGACGACGACGGCGGCGGCGGCGGCGGCGGUCGCGGCAAGUGUCCCGUCGGCCGCCCGCGACCUGCAAGAUCAGGAGCAGCAACGGCAGGAGCAUGAGCAUGAGCAGCAGCAGCAGCAACAGCAUGUACGGGAGAAGGAGCCGGCGGCCCGUGGCAGCGAUGACGUUAUGGCCGGACAGGGCCAGGGCGAGCCGGCGGCGGCGGCGGCGGCAUUGCCACGACCACGGCCGUACUCUUUGUCUGGCAGGGUCUUCAAAGUCAAACGGAGGGCACAAUAUUCUGAUGUGCUGAAGCGCACAGUACGUAGGGCCGCGUUGGACAGAAACGCCACCGCCGCUGCGGCGACGGCGACGGCGACGGCGACGGCGGCUGCCGCCACCGCUGCCGCCGCCGCCGCCGCCACCACCACCAGCGCUGGCGGAGGCGAGGAGGGUGAAGAGGGCGAGUUGGAAGACCCGCGAGGCGAGUACAACUCCGCGGCGGAGGUCGUGAACGACGUGUACGAGCAGAUCAUGGGCGUACGGCUGCCGGAGCGCGCCAUGUACGGCAAGCGAGCGGAGACGCUUGCCGCGAUGACGCCCAGCAGCAUUAGAGAACAAACAAGGAGCUGGAUUGAGGCUUGCGGCAAGGACUACGCCCUAGCCUUCCAUGCUAGGGAGCCCCUCCUGCUCGCUACACCAGCCGAGACGUUGCUGCUCUCCCUGGAGCAUUUCUCCCGGGCCUUUGGACUGCCGCCCGGGGAGUGCGUGCAGCUGGCGCUCCGGAACCCGGCCUUGAUCGGACUGCCGUACGAGCAGCUGCAAGGCACCGUGGAGGCGGUUUCGGAGGCGCUGGAAAUCGGACUGCAGGAGGCGGGCAAGAUUGUCAUCAAGUGCCCCGGCCUGGCGCUGCGGCAGCCUAAUUUCCCUGUGGCGCGCCGCUUGGAGCUCCUCGGCGCACUGUUGCCCGUGUCGAAGGACAAAUUACGGCAGGUGGUACGGCAGCGGCCGCAGCUGCUGUCCAAAUCAGCCCAGAGCCUGGCGACCUUCGUGAUCGGCACCAGCGCGGCGCUGGACAUGUCGCUGUUUGAGGUGGCGCUAAUGAUUGCCGGUUGUCCAGGGAUCUGCGGAGUGAACUCCCGCCGCCUUGGCCUCCGGUGGAGUGAGCUGCGGCGGCUGACCGACCAGGUGCCGCUGUGGAGGCAGCAGCUGGCGGCCAUGUCGCCGCCCUCCCUGGGGCGCUGCCUUGUGGCGUCUGAUACGGCACUGGGGCGAUUGCAGGUGGUGGUGGAUCGCGGCCUGGUCCACGAUCCCGAGCUGUCGUCUUUCAAAAAGGUGCUCACCAUGUCCACCAGCAAGUUUGAGGCAGCCCUGGCAAGCGGUACCGGCACUACCGCAAAAACCAGCACCAAUACCAGCCCACAACAUCACCACAGUAACAUCACCUCGAGCCCAAGCCGUUCCAGCUUAGACAUCCUCGGUUCGAGCCCCGCAUACAGCGCCACUUUGAGGUCCUCAUAA